GUCGGCUCGCCUCCGCCGCGGCCGGGCGUCCGUUUCCCCACCCCCACCCCCUCCGUAGCUGCGCUACCGGAGGAAACGGAAGAAAGCGCGAGCCAUGGAGGGGAACCGGGAUGAGGCGGAGAAAUGUGUGGAGAUCGCCCGGGAGGCCCUCAACGCCGGCAACCGUGAGAAGGCCCAGCGCUUCCUGCAAAAGGCGGAGAAGCUCUACCCACUGCCCUCGGCCCGCGGGAUUGGUUCCAGAAAUUGUUAAUAAAGAAAGCCUUGCUGAUUCCAUUUUUAAGAUGACAAAACUGGAUAUUGAGACCCAGAGAUGCUUGGUUAAUUUUACUGGACUAUAUUUUGGUGUUGGUUAUUUUGUGUCAGUAUUCUUAGCACUAUUGGAAAUAAUUAUGAAAAAUGGAAGCACUGCUGGAAAUAGCCCUCACUGCCGAAAACCAUCAAGUUGUGGUGAUCAAAACAAGCCUAACUGUACAAAGGACAGCACAUCUGGUAGCAGUGAAAGUGGAAAGGGCUACACCAAAGACCAAAUAGAUGGAGUUCUCAGCAUAAACAAAUGUAAAAAUUACUAUGAAGUACUUGGAGUUACCAAAGAUGCUGGUGAUGAAGAUUUGAAAAAAGCUUAUAGAAAGCUUGCUUUGAAGUUUCAUCCAGACAAAAACCAUGCACCUGGAGCAACAGAUGCUUUUAAAAAAAUUGGAAAUGCUUAUGCUGUUUUAAGCAAUCCAGAAAAACGAAAGCAGUAUGACCUCACAGGCAAUGAAGAACAAGCAUGUAAUCACCAAAACAAUGGCAGAUUUAACUUCCAUCGAGGUUGUGAAGCUGAUAUAACUCCGGAAGACUUAUUUAAUAUAUUCUUUGGUGGUGGAUUUCCUUCAGGUAGUGUACAUUCAUUUUCAAAUGGACGAGCUGGUUAUAGCCAUCAACAUCAGCAUCGACAUAGUGGACAUGAAAGAGAAGAAGAAAGAGGAGAUGGCGGUUUUUCUGUGUUUAUCCAACUGAUGCCCAUUAUUGUAUUGAUCCUCGUGUCAUUAUUAAGCCAACUGAUGGUCUCUAAUCCUCCUUAUUCCUUAUAUCCCAGAUCUGGAUCAGGACAAACUAUUAAAAUGCAAACAGAAAACUUGGGUGUCGUUUAUUAUGUCAACAAGGACUUUAAAAAUGAAUAUAAAGGAAUAUUAUUACAAAAAGUGGAAAAGAGUGUAGAAGAAGAUUAUGUGACUAAUAUUCGAAAUAAUUGCUGGAAAGAAAGACAACAAAGUAAAAACAGAUAUGCAGUAUGCAGCGAAAGUAUACCGUGAUGAUCGGCUUCGAAGGAAGGCAGAUGCCUUGAGCAUGGACAACUGUAAAGAAUUGGAGCGGCUGACCAGUAUUUAUAAAGGAGGAUGAACUGGGAUUGUAUUUAUACCUUUUAGCGUACUCUUUAUUUUUUCUGUAAGUAAGUUUAGUUUUAUCAUGAGAGCUAAAGAAAAAGAUUGGAUGUUAAAAACUAAACUGAAUAGUUGGUCCCUGAAAUCUUGGACUGUUUAUGACCUACUGGCUCCUUUAAUAGUAGGGAACUGAAAACUAAAAUUAAUGUUUUAGUUACGCUUCUGGCAAUUAUUUUCACUUUAAAAGCUUAUAUUGUUCCUAACUAAAAAUGUCUUGAGAAAGGAUUAUCACACCUGUAGCCGUUUCCAGUUUUAGUGAUUCUUCAUGUUUCCUUUGGUCAUGUAAAUAUUUAUGGAAUGAUCAUUUUGUGUACAUAUGGGUUACUGCAUUUUUAUUUAAAUUCUUUUAGCAUUUAACUCCAUGAGACACUUUAGUUUAAACUGAUAGAAUACAUGGUCUGUGACAAAAUUAUGUUUUUCUUGUCAGAUGUCGAAUGUUUGUGGAGUUUAAACAAUGAAACUUUUUCAAAAAGAAAAGAAACAACAAAAAGCUAUUUAACUGUGUAAAUCUUGUAGCAUUAUCAGCUUAGAGGGAAUUGAUAUUUUUAAUAUUGCCAUUAUAUUCCAGAAUAUAUAUUGAGAUACAUGAACUGGUGUAGAGUAUCAGUUUGCUAUUUAGUUUUAUGAAUUGCUAAGCCGUGCAUAGAAAUGAAAUGGUAUACUGAUAGAUUUUAAAGAAAAUAUGAGAAAAUGGCUAUGUAGAUAUUAAACAAAAAUGGUCUUCAACAGUAAAUUGAAGUUAUGUAAUUUGCAAUUCCAGUAAUUCAAAGGCCCCACCACAUGUUUAUAUGUCUGUCUUUAAAGGCUGCUAAGAUUUAUGAAGAAGAGGACCCACCUGUUUUGCCCCCCUUGGAAAUUUUAGUUUCUUCUUAGUGAUCAUUUGAGCAGGAUCCAAAGUAAAUGGGUUCUUUCUACAAAUGAGUAAUAAGAGAAAAAUACUACAAAAUCGAAGCUUUGUGCCUUUUAACCUGAUUGCCAACUCUUAAACAUAUAAGUAGAUUACAGCACACUUACUUGAUCAGAGCAUGAUCUAUUUGGCCACGUGCAACAGUGAGCAGAAAUAUAGCAGCAGGUAGAAUAGUGAUUUAUAUAGCAAGUUAUCCUUACAAAAUUCUGAACUAAAAACUAUUUGCCAUUGAGUAAUUCAAUUAAUCUUAUAGGAUUAAGCUCUCUGUAACUCAAUCCAUAAUAUAAAUUAGAAAAAUAAGCUGGAAAUUGAAGUUUUUGGUGCCUGUAUAUUGAGUAUGAAACUAUUUGAUUUCUAGUCUUCUAUGUUUAUCAGUUCUAAUAUUUUAAUGAGAUUUGCUUCAUACUCAGUUAAUGGAACACAAAUGCAUCUUUGGUAAUUUUUUGUAUGUGUGAAAGCAUGCUAGUUCUAGUGGCAGUGUUCCUUUGGUUAAAGAUUUUUUUUUUCUGACGUAGUUGAUUUUAUAGCAUUUGUUGAAUAAAACUGCUAAAAUGACCAUUCUUUUUAAAAUGUUCUCUUGUAUCCCCUUUUCCAGGUGAAUCAGUAAAAAUAUCUGAAUGAAUUAGUGAAUUACACUAAACAACAUACUGCCCUAGGAAAACUGGACAGCUUCACCAGUUUUCUUUUAGAAAUGAAACUUUUAAAUUAAAAAAAAGAGCAGUGCUUUAAAGAAAAUACAAAUUUAAAUAUGUUCUUGAGCCUGCAGAAUGAAUUUUUAGAAAAUAAGUUCAUAGCAUUCUCACUUCGAAAAUUCAUAUACAUCCGAAAACUUACAAAACUUUAAAUGAAAAAAUUUCAUUUAUUUAUUUUUCCAGUUAUAAUGGGAAAUUUACAGUACUGUGAUUGACACUAAUGUGACUUGAAGUCCUGUUGAGUGAUUCUUUUUCCCUUAAUCUUGACUUUAUAAGGAUAGAUGAAGUUAUCAAGUUAAGUGAAGUUGUAGAUUAUGAAGUCAUAUAUGGCUUUUGGACAGUAUUAUAUUUCCAUUGCUGCAUUCCAUCACAUUUCAUAAAAUGUUUGGGAAAAUGUGUUUGAUAAAAUAAAAUUUUCAAACAACUGUGAGAAAUAACUGAUUGAGUGCCUGAUAAUUUAAACUACAUACAAAGUAUGCAAGGAAAGAUUAAGUCUUCAAUGUCAUCUAUAUUUUGGUGUAAAGGCCCAACCAAGUAGUCUGAGAAUUUUGUGUUAAUUCUAAAAAGUAAGACCUGUCUUGAGAUGUAAGGUCUUCAUGUGUGCUGUUCUUACAAUAAAAAUCCCAACAUUU